AUGUCAGAGUAUAAAGUCGCCUACGAGUCUGAACUGGACCCGGAAUGCAGCUCUUUUAAUAGCACAUAUGAUAAUCCGCCACCGGAGAAGGACUGGAAGAGAGCUGCACUACGUGGUCCCGCUUUGCCUGCCGUGGGUAAUGCAGUCGCGGGGGCCGUGGGAGCGGCUAUAUCCAACGUUGUCACGUACCCGCUCAGUCUGAUUGUGACUCGACUACAGACGCAGGCACAACAAAGGACGAAGAAAAAGAACAAGACGGAAACCGAGGACGUGGACGAGGAAGAAGAAGAAGAGGAGUACACCGAUGUGCUUGACGCAGCACGCAAGAUCUACGCCAAAGAGGGCCUGGGGAGUUUCUACACGGGUCUUGCGCAGGAUACGGCCAAGACAGUUGCGGACUCGUUUCUGUUUUUCCUUGCGUAUGGAUUUUUCAGGCAGCGGAGGAUCAGGGCUCGGUAUGGCGAUGGGCGGCGGUCGAAGCAUGUCGUUCUUCCGAUUCUCGAUGAGUUGGCGAUCGGUGUGCUGGCCGGCGCGUUUGCGAAGCUCUUUACCACGCCACUUGCUAAUAUCGUGGCGAGGAAGCAGGCGGCGUCUGGGAAAAAAGCUCUUUCGACGAAGGAUAUCGCUGCGCGGAUCAAGACGGAAAAAGGGCUGAGGGGGUUCUGGUCCGGGUAUUCUGCGUCGCUCAUUCUCACGCUGAAUCCGUCCAUCACUUUCUUCCUGAAUGAGGUCCUGAAGUAUGCACUUUUGUCGCGGAAUAAGCGGGGAAGACCGUCGCCAGCGACGACUUUCCUUUUAGCUGCCAUCAGCAAGUCCGCUGCAUCGUCGAUCACAUACCCGUUUUCCAUGGCCAAGACAAGAGCGCAGGUCGAUAGCUCGGGGAAUAUCGAGAAAUCGAGUAGUAAGAGUGUCUCUGAGGACGGGAUUUCGUUUGCACCUCAGAUCAUUAUGGAUGUGCUGGCUAUUGCACGCAACGAGGGUGUUUCCGCGCUGUAUGCGGGCCUCCCCGGGGAAGUUCUCAAGGGUUUCUUCUCGCAUGGCUUUACCAUGCUAGCAAAGGAUGCUGUCUAUUCACUCAUCGUGCAGAGCUACUAUCUUCUUCUUAUUAUCUUGAGGAGGUAUCCUACGCCCGAAGAACUGAUCCAGCGCGCGCGCGAACAGGCCGAGGAAUUCGCUGAAGCCGCCCGAGAGGGUGCGCGAGACCUGGCAGAGAAAGCUAAGGAAGGUGCCGAGGAGAUGCUUGAGCACCAUCCGGGUCAUGUCUCUGUGGAUACGGCUUCGAAUGCUGGAUCUUCCGGUGUGGAUGCCUCAACUGGAUACCGCGUUGGCUCUGAUGGGCCGUGGUCUGAUACUAACCCGACCGCAGAGUUGGUGAGAGAUUACGUGGAGGAUGAGACGACAGAGUGGAAGGGUAUGUACCGUUGGUUCUGGGAGAAAACGAAGCAUGAACAAGACUGA